AUGUGGCUGCUUGAAGCCGAUACACCCUUGCCUAGGAUGAAGCAAGACGAGGAGGAGAUGAAAGAGCGCAUGGAGCCGGAUGCCCUGCGUUUUGUUGCGCAGCGUGCUUCCAUGGGAGCAGGAAACUAUGGCUCGGAGGAUGGCGGAGUCGCCAAGGAGCAGCAGGCAGCGGAACGACGCGUCGCGGAAAUCCGGGCUCAGACCGAGGAGCAGCUCAAGUCCGAACGCGAGGUGUCGGACAGCGUGCGGCAUGCCGGCCCUCAGAAGCGGGACGUCUCCUUGCUGCCCUCCCUGAUGGUAGUGCCGGUGGAGGAGGACGGAGUCAUCUCGGAGCUCUCAGAAAGGUCCAGCUCGAGCGAGGACAGCUUUGACGAGGCUUGCUGCGCCUCAGCUUUCUGCCGCGAGCCGGGCAAGGGCGAGCUCAGCUGGGAACAGGUCGUCCAGCAAGAGAGAUGGCUGAUAAAACGCAAGCAAGCGCGUCUCAGGCCUGGCAGAGAGCAAGCCCCCUUCUCCAUCGCCUUCUCCGGUGGAGGUGUGCGCGCCGCAGCCUUUCAGGCCGGUGUGCUGUGGCGCCUCGCUCAGGCUGGCAAGCUGCAGAGCGUGGAGCACUUUGUGGCGGUGUCAGGGGGCGCCUACGUCGCGUCGGCCUUUGCCUCGACGCUGACCGCGGAAACUCCCCAGCCACAGGACCGCAGCGAGGUCACCAGCUUCUACCUGCGCUGUGCUGCGAAGACGAUCUGCCGGAUGCAGCGGAAUGUCAGCUAUCUCGUGCGGGACCUGAAGCGAGGCAACCUUUGGCAGAGCGCCGGAGAGGGCUCGAGUCUGGUGCCCCCCAUAUUGGACCUUCCGCUGCUGAUAGUCAUCGGACUCUUCUCCAUGUUGAUCAACCCGUUGACAGCCUUCGCUCUCUACCUCUUUCCCUUCACGGAAGGAGUUGACCUCUUCGAAGGGUUCGGGAUGAAAGCGGCUUUUUGCGUGCCCGACCACGAGAUGGCAAUAGAGAUCUUCAGCGUUUGGGGGCCGUCGGCGCGGUCGCUGACCUUCUUGCUCAUCUGCGUCCUUUCCGGCUGUGUUCUGUGGCUCCUUUCGGCCAUCAAGGUCUGCAAUGUCUGGAGGCAUCCCCCCGGAGAGGCGCCCCGGAUUGCACAGCUCAUGCUCAGCAUGCGAGCUGUGGUCGUCCGGGUAUCCGUGAUUCAGCUGGUGAUCUGGGUUCUGAUCACGGGAGCCUUUCUUGCUGAGCUGGACAGCACGCCAUCUCGCCUCGACUCCUGCAAGGACUACAUCCGUAGAAAAACCAUCUUUCAAGAUGGCCUGGUCUACUUCAACUGCACCUGUCGGGACUUGUAUGACGGACUUCCUUGGUGGGCUUCAACAUACUUCGACAACUACUUUACUCCUUCCGAGCAGCUGGUCAUGAACGCGACCGUCCCAGGGUUGGCCGCGUGGAGGACCGAGAUCAAGUCGCAGUCAACAGAGCUGUUGAAGCUGAGGAGCGUGGAGCUCCUCCUAAAGGUGAACAGCCUCCUGCACGACAUCCUCAAGCGCCUGACCUUUGCCUUGGGCUCUACCUCCAUUGGGCUGAUGAUCGUUGCAGCCAUGCUCGUGGCCCUGGUCUUGAACCCCUUGAUCCGCGGCAUUUUCCUGCGCGUGUUGUCCCUCCUGGGGCCGGUGAGUGCCCUGCUGGUGACGGGCUGCGUGGUGCAACAUCGCAUCUUCUCGGUGAUUACACGGCGGAGCUACAUUUAUGGCCUCGUUGGCCCACCAUCGGAAUGGUACAUGUGCUUUGGUAUUUCGACCUUCUGCUGUGCCAUCCUGAUCGUUCUCUUCUACCAUCACCUGCACUCCGUGUCCCACACGUUCUACGCGCGGAGCCUCCAGAAGGCGUACUUCGAGGGGGGAAAAGAUCAGACGUGGUCGGACGUCAAGGACAAUGACUACUGCCCGCUGUUCCUCUUUACUGGCACUGUGACGGACUUCCGGCAACCCGGGGACGAGAUUGCGAUAACGGAGAUCUCCAUGAGCCCGCUUCACACAGGCAGUGACAAGACAGGCUUUGUGGAUACACCGUCUUGGCGGAGCCUUGCCAAGAGCGCGGCUCUUGCCGCGGCGGCCACGGAUGCUUUCAUCAUCGGCAUGCUGGAUCGGGCACGGUAUCGCUUUUGGCUGGAGUUUCUGAACCUCCGAAUGGGCGACUACAUCCUCUUCGAGCGCCGACCGAUGAAGUUGGUUGCGAGGACCAUCAGCCGAUGGAGGUGUAUCUCCGACAAGCCCUUCUUCUUGUUUGGGGCGGUGCCGAUCGUCUUGCAAACCCUCGCCUUGGUUGCAGGCUUGUGCAGCUUCAUCUUGUCUUACAGCAUCGACUUCGACAUGUGCUUGCAAGCACGAGCGUACUUCCUUGUUUGGGCAGUCAUCCUCGGGGGCUCCCUGAUCUUGAGCUUCUUCGCGGGCUACGGCAUGUUCGAGAUGUUUCUGCACUCCCCGGCCAUCCGCCACCUGCACAUGGCUCUCCGGUACUACCACACGGCUGGGAAGGCCCCGAGCCUUGUCUACGUCACCGAUGGUGGCGUGCAGGAUUGCACCGGCGUGUUGCAGUUACUGCGCCGGCGGAGCGCGCAGAUUCUCUUGGCCCUCGCAGCAUCAGACCCCGACGACGAGCUUUCCGUUCUGAGGGAGACCAUGCAGCUGGCUGUGGCCCAAGGCUACGCGUCCUUUUACGAUCCCUUGGAUCCUCGGCGCGAUCCCACCUUUGUCCUGGAUGACUUCAAGCUGAACCCGGAGCAGAAACAUUUUGUCCUGGGCCUCCGCUACCCUCCCCAGACACGUGGCACCGAGUAUGGCGCAAAGCUUACGGGACGCCUAGUUGUGGUGAAGAACCGGCUGCCGCCCUCCCUGGAAAGCCUUCAGCCCGAGCCGCUGCUGACGGAAGAGGAGAUUUUCGUGCGCCGCGGGUCGAUGAAACCUUUGUCCCCGCGAUGGAAGGAUUCUGGAUUGUUGCAGUCCGACCUGGCGGCUUGCUGCUGCGACUGCUGCCAUGUCCACAUGUGCAACGUGGGCCCGACAUUCCCGCACGUCUCGAAUGCCAACCAAUGCCUCACGCCCGCGCUCUUUAGCGCCCUUUGCCGCCUGGGCUUCCGCCUCUCGGGUGAGGCUGUCGACAUGAUCGCCACAGAGCCGGUGAUGGAGGAGCCCUGGGAGGCUGCCAUUCCGCGACGGUAUUUCAUGCCGGAUGCAGUUUGA